AUGUCUACUGAGCUUUGCCCCGUCUAUGCGCCCUUCUUUGGCGCCAUGGGUUGCACCUGUGCCAUUGUCUUUACCUGCCUAGGCGCCUCCUACGGUACCGCCAAGUCUGGUGUCGGUAUCGCCGCCAUGGGUGUCCUCCGCCCUGACCUCAUCGUCAAGAACAUUGUUCCCGUUAUUAUGGCUGGUAUCAUUGGUAUCUACGGUCUCGUCGUGUCCGUUCUCAUUUCCGAUGGCCUGACGCAGAAGCUUCCUCUCUACACUGGUUUCAUCCAGCUUGGUGCUGGUCUAUCCGUCGGUCUUGCUGGUCUUGCUGCGGGCUUUGCCAUUGGUAUCGUCGGUGAUGCUGGUGUCCGUGGUACCGCGCAACAGCCCCGUCUCUUUGUUGGCAUGAUUCUCAUCCUGAUUUUCGCUGAAGUCCUCGGUCUAUACGGUCUCAUUGUCGCACUGCUCAUGAACUCCAAGGCCAACACCGACGUCAGCUGUUAA